AUGACGGUUGCGCCGGCAAGCAGCAACGAUGGUCUCGGAGUCAGAAUAACGACACGUCCAGAGUCCAACUCUUUGGACACAGCCUCUGUUACUUCAUCGAUGAGCUCACUCGCUCUAUCUCAACAGUCGACACCAACGAGUAAAAGCUCAGCAACCACAGCCUCUCUCGCUUCAACCCAAACAUCGGCAUCAAAUACUAGUCUCACUCUCUUCGACCGCUCCGGAAACCCUCGCGCCAUGCUAAACUCCUCCGAAAUGACAGCCUUCCGCACCGCUCUCGCAAGCGCAAUGCUCUUUAAGAAACGAGCAAACGUUCACGACGUGACAGUCUUUGGCGCAGGAAAACAAGCGUACUGGCACAUUCGUCUUGCCCUCCUGCUACGCGGACCGGAUAUCCAUCAUCUCAAUAUCAUAAAUCGGGAUUUUGAACGUGUGCACCAAUUAUUGGAGAAACUAUACGAUCCCGACUCCGCUCCUUCAACUUUCAACCCCGAUCCAAACCACGUACCCACCUACCGCCGCGCAUCAGGCUCAGAGGAAGGCUCAACAGGAAAAGAAACCCAACACCAAUACCUCCAUCGCCCUAAAAUACAAAUUCUCACCCCAGGCCACGGCGAAUACCCCCGCCUCCUACAUGCCACCCUCCGCUCCUCAUCCGUCCUAUUCCUCUGCACCGCCUCUCCCACGCCCCUCUUCCCCGCGCCCAUCCUAACGAACCCCGAAGGACGAAAGAAAGGCCGCUACAUAGCUGCCAUCGGUUCGCUCUCACCACUCGCCACAGAACUACACCCAGACAUCCUACGACAAAACGUCGCGCCCGAGCACGGGCACCGCCAUUUCCACAAGCACGCAAAGCAGAGCGGGGCGGUGGUGGUGGAUAGUGUUGAGAAGGCGUUGAAAGAGGGUGGGGAGGUGGUGCAGGCGGGGUUAGGUCCGGAUCAGGUUGUUGAAAUUGGGGAGUUGGUUAUGUUGAAGAGGGAUGCGGAUAGGAGGAGGCGGGAGUGCUUGGCUGGGAAAGGGUUGAUGGAGGCGGAGGGACUGGAUACGGGGGGUGUGGAGUUGGGCGAGUGCGAGAUGAAUCGGAGGGAGAAGACGGAGAAGGCGAGGAGAGGGAGUAGUGGGAAGAAGGAGAAACAUCAUGAAGGAGAGGACAAGGCGCAUAAGAGCUUGAUUGAGUGGUUGGUCAAGGGGAAUGUGAUUUAUAAGAGUGUGGGACUGGGUCUUACGGACGUCGUGGUGGGCGGUGACCUUGUUCGCAUAGCGAAUGAGCGCAGUAUCGGCACGAGGAUCGAUAACUUCUAG